AGAAGAAAGCACGGUUGGACGACAACGGAAGAUGGAUCUAGUUCAGAGGCCAUGUAGUGUUGAUGACUCCUUUGAAUUCAUAGACUUUCCAGAAACAGAGAACAAAACCAAAGAUGCCUCCCAGGGGCCCCAACCUGAAAACUGUGUCAGUUGUGCCACAUCAAACCAAAAUUCUGUAAAUAUCUCUAGUCAAAAAACAACAGACAGCAUCUCAAGAAAUGGUUGUGAAAAACGUGAACAUUCUAGUCAACAGAGUAAUGUGCCAACUUCAGAGAAGUCUGACAAAUUAGAGCAAGACAUUGCAUCAUAUUCUUCAUGUUCUUGUAACCAAUCAUGCUCAAGCCAUAACCAUAACUCAAAGAACCAAUCACCUUCCUUGUCACAAGAAAGUGAGAAUGAAGGUGACCAAUCAGAAUGUAUGUGUUCAGACAAUGAAACUACUACAAGAGGGAGACUAGGCUCCUAUGCAGGCAAAAAACCACAUUUUUUAAAAGUAAACUCAAAAGCCCUCCCCACUGACGACAAUGAGUCACUACCAACUCCCGUAAAAAGGAGAGGUGAUCCAUUAUCUCGCGAGACAUUUGAGAAACUUUUUGACAAAGAUGGUAGACUUGUUGAUGAACACGCUUUUAGGAAGUGCAUAUUCAUGGGUGGGGUGGAGCCAGACCUUCGUAAACAAGCUUGGCAGUUUCUCUUCGGUCUAUAUCCCUGUACGUCCACUACUAGAGAGCGGGAGGAGCUACUUCUAGAUUACAUCAUGAAGUAUCAUGAAAUGAAAUCACGCUGGAAAACCAUGUUGGUCCUGAAUGCCCACCCUGGGGCUACGCUGCUACAGCAAGGACUGGUGGCUCGCUACCAGAUAGAGGACCAGAACAAUACGAUUAGAAGCCCAGACCACAGCCCUGGGGACCACAUCUCAGAGUUUGAAAUGAUGGAAAAGAUGUUAAUGGAUGGGAAAAUGAAGGCGGAGAAGCCGGACUUUAAGGUCCUGUCCAGGAAUUUUGACAUUGAUGUAUCAUCUCCAGAGAUGCAACAGAAAAUCGACUUCAUGAAAAUUCAGGCUCAGGUGUAUGUGAACAGACAGAAGAUAAGCGUAAAAAACUUGUUGGACCAUCUGCGAGUCAUUGACAAGGACGUUCCACGUACAGAUAGAGACUUAGAUUACUUCAAGGGUACAAUGAAUCCAAACUUGACAGUAUUACGCAACAUCCUGUUGACAUUCGUGGCUUUCCACCCACAAAUUGGAUAUGCUCAGGGAAUGAAUGAUAUUCUAGCCCAGUUUCUGGUCGUUUUUGACUCAGAGGUAGAGGCUUAUUGGUGCUUCAGAAAUUACCUACAGAAAAUUCAGCACGAGUUUACAGAGGAGGGAAUGGUCAGCAAAAUAGAGUUGGUUGUAUUACUCCUACAAGAGAUGGAUCCUGCUUUGUUAGAGCAUUUAAAGGCCAAUGAUCUCGGAGACUUGCUCUUCUGCCAUAGAUGGCUGUUGCUGGGUUUUAAGCGAGAGUUCAGCUUCAUGGAGUCUCUUAGAUGUUUUGAGAUAUUGAGCAGUCACCAUCUCGAGCUCACAUCAAUGGAGGCAGAGAAAACUCGGAGACAGGAACUCAAGCGAGAGUUUGAGAGUCAAGGUGGUGUGUCCAGAUCUUCUCUUCCCUCUGACGUUGAGUGCCAGUACACCUUUGACCUCUUCAUGUGUGUCGCCUUACUACAGGAAUGUAGGCCCCAGCUGAUGGAAUGUACAGACACAGCAGCUGUGUACUCUGUCAUUAAUAGUUUGAAGAUAAACCUUGAUGAGAUCCUGUUGAAGUCCGCUGGUCUGUUCUAUAUGUACUGUAAGAAGAGCGUGGAGGAAAGCUUUCUGAUGGUGGACCCUCCUGUGGGCAGCAGGACCCCCACAAAUAAACGCAGAGUCAAGUCGGAUGUGUAGGGAAUCGGUCAGUCCAAGCAGAGGGCAAGGGUGGAACACACAGCUAGGGCCAGGAUGACAAGUAUCAGUAGAAAGGAAGGGCAAAACCUGUUCCUGUUUGUGAAUUGCUAUGGUUAGACCAAUAUCUGGUUGAAAUUUGAGUGACUAAAACCUUUUAUAGUAAGGUUUAAAAUCAUUCAACUUUUUUGUUCACUGGUGCAUCUUGUUUAUUGCCAAAACUUAUUUAUUUAAUGAGAGGGUAUCUUGGUACUUUUAAAUAUGUUGCAUUGAAUGUCAAAAGAAAUAACCUGUAAGGCUUAUAAAUAGCUUUCUUUUGUGGUAAUAUGCAGAGUUUGUUAACCUUUUAUGUUGGUUAAUGACAAAAUAUUCCCACUAAUAACCCAAUAUUAUUGAAUUUAAGUCAAUGUUGUUUAUGUACAUAAUUUUAAGAUAAUUGUUAUAAACUUGUGUACCUGUUCCACAAAAAACCCAAGCUGCAGUAUUUCAGAGAGAACUAAAAAUAUGUAAUUUUAUUAUCUUGAUGGAAAAGGGAAAAAAGUCUGGAAUUAUUUAUUCCAGUUGUCUUUCAGUGACUGUAUCAAUAUACUUUGAGGGUGGGUUAUUUGUAUUACUAAGACUGUUACAGUCUAUGCCUGACAAAUAUAUGAUAAUACAUUUUUUUUUCUAAAUACUAUGUUAAGUCUUUUUUCGUCAAAUGUAUUUUACAAUUUUUUUUUUUAUAAAUGUAAAAUAUUCUGAAAAAUUUGAGACUGUACAAUUCCUUAGUGGUGGCAUCUCUAAAUUUUGAACUGAAUGAUGUGAAAAUUAUGAUUGCUUGACUUCUCUUUUUCAAAAGUUUUUAUUAUUAUUUUUUCAUAUUGAAAAAAACUCUGUAUUUUAAAUCUAUGAUUAGGUAGGUAACUAAGAAUUUUAGAUAUUUUCAUAUUUGUUUUUCAUAUUUCAAAGAAAACGAAAACAAAUCUUCAGAUAUUCAUUUCUAUAAUAAUUUUACUUUAAAAAAGUAAUGUUAAGGUUGCCAAACAGAAAUAUUAGUACUCAAUGUUUUGAUGAGCAAUGUGAAUUUAAUAUUAAAAAUGUAAAUGUAGAUGUGUAAUAUUUACACAUAAAUAUGUAGUUUUGCAUAUAAAUUAUUUCCCUUUAACUGUUAUGUUUUACAUAAUUAUGCAAUACAUUUUUGUUUGACAUUCAUCAAAAACCAAAAUAUAGAUACCUUAAUAUUUACAUUGUAAACAAUUGAAUUUGUUGAUUGUU